CAUCGAGUUCGCCCGCUUCAGUUCUCGUCGCUCAAGCUGCACUGGUGCACGUGCUCGGCGCCGCGCCACCAUGGGCUUCAGCUUCCUCCCGGUGAUGGAGUACCUCUCGCGCCGCGCCUUCCACGCCGCCGGCCUCUGCCCCCACACCGUCACCCUCCCCCGCGACCCCGGCGAGGGCAGCGGGGCUCGAACGAUCCACUACUGGGCGCCGCCGGGGGAGCCGCGCCUGCCGCCGCUCCUGCUCAUCCACGGCUUCGGGCCCAUGGCCACAUGGCAGUGGCGCCGCCAGGUGGGCCCCUUCUCCCGCCGCUUCCACGUCGUCGUCCCGGACCUGCUCUGCUUCGGCGGCUCCUCCCCCAGCCCCUCCUCCCCGGCCCCCUCCGAGUCGGCGCAGGCCGCCGCGCUCGCCGCGCUGCUCGACGCGCUCCCGGGCCUCCCGGCGACGGCGCGCGUCGCCGUGGCCGGCACGAGCUACGGCGGGUUCGUGGCCUACUCCCUGGCCCGCGCGGCGGGGCCCGGGAGGGUCGGCCCCGUGGUGAUAUCCAACUCCGACCUGCUCAAGACGGCGGAGGACGACAGGGCGUUCCUCCAGCGCGCCGGCGGCGAGUGGGCGAGCAUGGCGGAAUUACUCAUGCCGCUGGACGCGCGCUCGGCGCGGCGGCUCAUGGAGCUCUCGUUCUACCGGAGGCAGGUCACCUCCAUGCUGCCGGACUUCCUGAUCAGAGAGGGCGUGCAGAAACUUUUCAGUGAUAAGAGGGAAGAGAAGAUCGAGCUCAUGAAGGCCAUAAUUAUAGGGACAGAUGAGUUCCAACUUACACCCUUGGAGCAGGAUGUUUUGCUCAUCUGGGGAGACCAUGACCAGAUAUUCCCUUUGGACAAGGCGUUUGCUGUCAAGAGGUGCUUAGGAGAGAAUGUGAGGUUGGAAAUCUUCAAGGAAACCGGGCAUGUGCCGCAGAUGGAGGACCCGGAUCGGUUCAACGAGGUCGUCUUGGACUUCUUGCUUGCCUCUCAAAAGUCCCCAAACCAGCAUGAUCAGUAGUUCAUAUGGUCAGCUCCCUCCGGAAUACACAGAACAUUCCUGAGGUUGAGGAGUCCUGUCCUGUUGCUAUUGCAUUGUAUUAACGCUGUUUCUAAAUAUAAGACGUUUUGGCAGCCUAAAUUGAACUGUAUAAAACGUUUUGGCAGCUUAAAUUGAACUGCCAAAACGUCUUAUAUUUAGGAACAGAGGGUGUACAUUAUAGGUUGUAAAACUAUGUUUCAGCCAAUAAAGGAAAACCACUUCACUCCUUGAGCAGGGAUAGUGGUUGCAGUUACUU